CCCUCCAGGGAGAGCCGUCUCCAUUUACCGAGCACCUUUUUUUUUGCCUCCUCUCUCCGCGCACUGCCGUUAAAUCCCAAUCAGGUGUAACGGGCUGAGAGCGCAAAAGGACGCCGAGUCAAUUUGGCACCGGAUCGGCAUACAUUUCUGGAUUAUGGGGACGUCGUUAUGCCACGCAGGGUGAACUACAGACGCUGCCCAACGCCGAAGGAGAGGAGUGAGAAAAGAGGAGCAAAAAUGUGCAUGAACCAGAAUUUAUUCAAAUGCGGCUGCACAUCCUUUGGAAUCCGCCUGUAAAGACCACAGGGUAUUUAUUUUGGUGAUUUUUUUUUCGGCUUUAGUCUGCGCGCAACGUGCAGCAGGGUUGUCUGCUGCACAGAGUUUGCAUAGCCCGCAGGCAUCACCUUAGAAAUCAUUUCAGUAUCAGCAUUAUUAAUGUGCAGCGGGCUGUAGUUGUCGCCAUUCAGACCCCGCGUUGUGUCGCUCAUCUCCGUGAAAUGCUUUAAAUGUAAAUUCAGGUGACUGACGGUGAACUAAUUGGCUCCGUGGCUCCGUGGAUCGUUACACCAAAUGCGCUAAGAGGAGUUCGUGUUUUCCCCCAGAUUGAACCGCGGCGCAGGGGCUGUUUGAAGUCACAUGCGCCCAGAACAAAUAAUUAAGAUGACAAAAACCACCGUCCCCAGGAGAGAUUCUCUUUAUUACCGAGGAAGCCGCAUUGGGAUCACAUCACAGUUCCUGGGUUGCAAUAGAGUUGGAGGACAGGGAGCGGAGGAAGAAGACAGGGAGGAGAAGCAGGGGAGAGCCGCUGAGCCGCACAACAGAGCCGCUGCCGACAGGCGAGAUUUGGCUUCAGUGAUGGACUGAGCAGAAGGUGAAGGGAUCCCUGUGACAGCCAGCUACACGUUUUCCUCGGAAGCCUUCACCCUCUACGCUGGGCAUGCAUGGACACGUUGCAGAAUAGCAAGUAAACCUGGAACCUCAGCCCCCCCUUCCCAAGUGCCCUGGAAACCCACCGGAUCCAGUCUGCAUCCACAGAUGUAACUAAGCUGUCAAGAUUUCUUCACCAGGAAGUCCUGUGAUAUUUGGCUGCAUGGACACAUCUUCAAAGACGUGGCUGCCGCAUCAGAGUCAGUUUGGGUUGGUUGGUCAAGCGGAGGUUUGCUGUGGCGGACCUGGAGUUUUAACCCCAAACCAAUCACGCAGGGCAAGUUUUGCCUCUGUAAGACAGUCAAGCAUGGAAACUCCUCCCAAUGCGACCCCACAGCCCUUCAGACAGCCGAGUUUUCUCAAUCGAAGGUUGAAGGGUUCCAUCAAGAGGGCGAAAAGUCAGCCCAAACUUGACCGGACCAGCAGCUUCAGACAAAUGAUUUUGCCCCGGUUUCGUAGCGCUGACCAGGAGAGGACGCGCUUGAUGCAGAGCUUCAAAGAAUCCCACUCCCACGAGUCCCUACUUUCUCCUAGCAGUGCUGCGGAGGCUUUGGACCUAGUUUUGGAUGAAGACGCCAUAAUCAAACCUGUCCACUCUAGCAUUUUAGGACAAGAGUACUGCUUUGAGGUAACCACCAAUUCAGGGACAAAAUGUUUUGCCUGCCGUUCGGCGUCAGAAAGAGACAAAUGGAUUGAAAAUCUGCAACGAGCCGUCAAACCCAACAAGAACUCCGCGUUUCACUUUCAGGAUAACAGCAGACGGGUGGAAAAUGUGCUCAAGUUGUGGAUCAUCGAGGCCCGAGACCUUCCCGCUAAGAAACGCUACUAUUGUGAGCUGUGUCUGGAUGACAUGCUGUACGCGCGCACCACCAGCAAACCGCGGACCGACACCGUCUUCUGGGGCGAGCACUUUGAAUUUAACAAUCUGCCUACCAUUCGUAGCCUUCGCUUGCACCUCUACAAGGAAACGGACAAAAAAAGACGCAAGGAAAAAAGCACAUACCUUGGCCUUGUCAGCAUCCCCAUAUCCAGCAUCACGGGCCGGCAGUUCGUGGAGCAGUGGUACCCGGUCAUACAGUCCAGCGUCCUGUCCAAAAGCGGCGGCGUUGGAAGCACCAAAGUGAUCAACGCCUCGCUGCGCGUCAAGUCCCGCUACCAGACGAUGAACAUCCUCCCGAUGGAGCUGUACAAGGAGUUUGCCGAGUACAUCACCAACAACUACCGAACACUGUGUGCAGUGCUGGAGCCGCUGCUGAGUGUGAAAAGCAAAGAGGAGGUGGCGUUUGCUCUGGUGCACAUCCUUCAAAGCACGGGGAAGACAAAGGAGUUUCUGUCAGACAUGGCGAUGUGUGAGGUGGAUCGAUUCAUGGACCGGGAGCACUUGAUCUUUCGGGAGAACACGCUCGCUACUAAGGCUGUGGAAGAGUACCUCAAAUUGAUAGGUCACAGAUACCUCAAGGAUGCAAUAGGCGACUUUAUCCGAGCCUUAUAUGAGUCUGAGGAGAAUUGUGAGGUGGACCCGAUGCGCGUCCCCCCGUCAGUCCUCGCUGACCAUCAAGCCAACCUUCGCAUGUGCUGCGAGCUCUUACUCUGCAAGAUUAUCAACUCUCUCUGCAUAUUCCCCCGGGAGCUAAAGGAAGUCUUCGCCUCGUGGAGAGCCAGGUGUGCCGAGCGCGGGAGAGAGGAUCUCGCCGACAGCCUCAUCAGCUCCUCGCUGUUCCUUCGCUUCAUGUGCCCGGCCAUCAUGUCGCCCUCCCUGUUCAACCUGAUGCAGGAGUACCCCGCCGAACGCACGUCCCGCACUCUCACACUCAUAGCCAAGGUGAUGCAGAACCUGGCCAGCUUCAGCAAGUUUGGACCCAAGGAGGAGUACAUGUAUUUCAUGAAUGAGUUCCUGGAAAUGGAGUGGGGCUCCAUGCAGCAGUUUCUCUACGAGAUUUCCAACAUGGACGCCGGAGGAAACGCCGGAGGGUUCGAGGGCUACAUCGACCUGGGCCGAGAGCUGUCCAUGCUCCACAGCUUACUGUGGGAAGUCAUGGGCCAGCUGAGCAAGGAUGCCAUUCUCAAACUGGGACCUCUUCCGCGGCUGCUGAAUGACAUCAGCGUGGCCCUGAGGAACCCGCAGCUUCACAUGCCGACAAAUCACCAGCCGGACCGCCCCAAGGACAGACUCUUCUCCCGCCCGUCGUUCAAUCGUCUCAUGUCCUCAGACUUCCAAAGCCUUAUGAUGCGCGACCUAAACAGUUCGAUAGACAUCUCCCGCCUACCGUCCCCCACCACUGGAGUGUCAGCCGUUGAAUCCCUCUCAUCUAAUCUGAACAUGAGGCGCCACGCGGAACGAGACCUCCGCUCGUCGAGGGAAGUGUUCUACGUCACCCGCCCUCCCCUGGCCCGAUCCAGUCCUGCAUACUGCACAAGCAGCUCGGACAUCACCGAACCCGAUCCAAAGGUCCACAGUGUAAACAAAAGCGUGUCCAUGAUGGACCUUCAGGACUCUCGCAUGAACAGCAUUUCCAACCUGAACUCUGUGGGAGACAUGCUCACCUCCUCUCAGGCCUCCAUCGCAGGUCUCGGCCACAGCUUUGGGAACCUCGGCGGCCCCCUUCGCAUGGGUGGGCAUAUGCCGACGGGUUCGGCGGGCUCCGGGCUAAGACUGAGCCAGAUGGGCCACGUGGGGGGGCCCACCGAAUCCAUCUCCCAGCAACAGCAGCAGGCGGCAGCGGCCAUGCACUUCCCCCUGUCUUUCCAGAACCCGCUAUUCCAUCUGGCCGCUCAGAACUCCCCAGCUCAGUCCCAGCAGCCCCCUCCUCCUCUCCUCCUCGCCCCCGAGCCUGAGAAUGGCCACCACGACUAUCCGCCCGCCUUUGGCAACAGCGCCUUCUCCCGUAGCGAGGACUUGUCCGCCCUGCGGUCGCAGAGCAGCCUGGUGCAGCCCAGCAUUGUCCACUCACACAGCUACAGUGAUGAUUUCACCCGGCAGAAUCAGAGCAAUGACUACGCCUGGCACCAGCUGUCCCUGCAGGUGCAGGAGUCUCUCCAGCAGCAGCACCUGAUGGGUGUCGCAUCCCAGACGCCCACCGGCACCGGUACUCCCGCCUCUUUGGCCACACCUCCAACCACAGUCCAUCCUGUCCGCCAGUCGUCCAUGGCCGCGCCACAGCACCUCAAGUCCCAGCGCUCCAUCAACACUCCGGCCACUGCCACUCCUCCGAAGGUCCGUCCGCAGAGCAGGAACCUCCUCCUCGACUCCUCUGAAGGAAACUUCAGCGGCAGUCAGCCGAAAUCACGCCUGUCUCAGCAGCCAUCUCAACAGCAGCAGCAGCAUCAGCAGCAGCAGCAGCAGCAGCAUCAUCAUCAGACGCAGCAGCAGCAGCAGCAGCAGCAGCAGCAGCAGCAGCAGCAGCACCAACAGGACUCACAGCUGCCGGUGACAGACAGUCCAGCUCCUGGCCUCCCGUACCAGACGAGCUCCACCAAAGAGAACCAGGGCCAGACAGCAGCUGCAGAGGAGUCAACAGACACACCCACGAAAAGCACCAAGAAGCCUCAGCAGUCACAACUGCAGCCGCCGCAGCAGCAUCUGCUCAAGCCAGUUGUCAAUAAACAGGGUUCCCAGUCAAACUUGAACACCUCGGGCCUGAAUGAGCGCACGGUCGCCUGGGUGUCCAACAUGCCACAUCUGUCAGCUGACAUCGAGAGCCUGCGGCCGGACCGUGAGGGCCAACUGAAAGAGUACUCCAAGAGUAUGGAUGAGUCACGACUAGAGAGGGUAAGAGAAUACGAAGAAGAAAUUCAUUCCCUGAAGGAGCGGCUCAAGAUGUCCCACCGCAAACUUGAAGAAUACGAGCAGAGACUCCUGUCGCAGGAGCAUCAGACAAACAAGAUCCUGCAGCAGUAUCAGAACCGUCUGGAAGACAGCGAGCGCCGCCUCAAGCAGCAGCAACUGGAGAAGGACUCUCAAAUCAAAGGCAUCAUCCACAGACUCAUGGCUGUGGAAGAUGAGCUGAGAGGGGGUGCCAUUCCUGAUAUUAAGCCUCGAAUCCUCACAGACCAGUCUAUCAGCCAGGGGUACGGUGGCCACCCAGGAUCCUGACUGCCAGUUCCCAGGUGACCAGAGUUCAUGAUGGUCACUCGAGUGUGAGAAGACUUAAGAUGCUCCUACACAAAAAAAAAGAAACACACACAAACUAAACUAAAAACAUUGAGACAAAAAGACAAAAGCUCUGCAGUGGAUCCAGCAGGACUACCAGAGGCAUCAUCUCACAACAUUCUUACAAAAAAAAACUUUGCACAUAUUCAAACUAAGCCUGUACCAGAACCUGACAAUCAGUCUAGAGUGAGGACCAGUGUGUGCAGCCAAAUCUACUGCUCAUGUUGACUGAAAUAUAAGCCAGUGCUACAACUAAUGGCAAUACUGUAACCAAUGAGAUUCUUGAUUUAAUUAGAACAAAUAAGAAGAGGAGGAGUGUAAAACUCUCUGGGAUGAAGAUGGAUUCGUGAUUUUCCCGGCUACAAGCAGCCUGGUUGCAUCUCACUUAUAAGUGGCCACAGACGACAUGUAAAAAAAAAAAUUAAAUUUUGAUGAAAAGCACAACAUCUCAUCAUGGCGACAAGCAACAAGUGCGCUGUUAAAGCCGUCUACGGUCCUCAGAUGUAGGGCCCAAGCAAGUUUACUAUUUGGUUCUCAUGAAAUCAUUUAACAUAAUCAAUCAAUGGUUUUUGUGACAACUUUUGCAUCUUUUAUAAAAAAUGGAAAAAAAAAAAGCCUUCCCAUCUGAAAAGAUGCCAAACGAGUCCUACAAUCAGUUUAUAACUGCUUCAAGUACAAUCCCAAUCUUCUCGUUGGUUUCCCUUUUCCUUCGGCACACAGUGUAAAAGCCUCGACUUUCAGUGUACAGAAGUAUUUCUUAAAACUACUAAACAUUUUUAAUUAUGGACAUAAUAAUCAGAUGUGUUUCGUUCACUUUGUAAUAAUAUUAAUAAUGAUCAUAAUUAUCAUGAUAAAGUAUAUAGAACAUUUCAAGAUGGCGAUACAAAGUGCUGCACUAAAAAAAACUGACAUGUAACCUCAAGUCAUGAAAGAUAAUUGUGUGUAAAAGACUCUUUUUCAAAGAGUGCUAUGAUUUUUUUGUUGCAUUAUGGGAAUUAGAGCAUUCACCGGUUUUGAUUUUUGAGUUGUAGUUAAGGGGGAAUUGCAGAUCUAAAUUGCAGGAGUGCACUUAAAAAAAAAAAUCCAUUUAGAUUUCAUGUUUUAUAAAUUUCUUUCAACUUCUCAGACAUGGCUCAGCAACUUUAUAGUUUCUCAAAUCAAUGCUCGUCUGUGUGCCCUUUUACGGUUGGUUAACCUGAAAUAAAUUAAUUAAUUAAGAUCACCCGAGGCCCCUGGCAUCUCAGCCAUUCACGUUUUGCAUUUUCAUCACUUAUCUCUUCAGGCUUUUGGGGAAAAAAAACACAAAACAAAACAUGUUAACGUUUCAGCGUGGCACUUUGUAACACCGGUUUGAAAAAAAAAGGCGCUUUAUGCAUCAAUUUUAAAUUAUACACGAGACGUGCACCUGGAAGCAAAUCAUAUUAUAGCAAGUAGUGAAAACUCAUCUGUUGUUUUGAAUGUUUCUGAAGCAUAGAUGUGCAACAGUUCUGCAUGUGCUUUUUAAACGCAAGGAGCAGUAAGUCAGUUCGCUGUCAGAUGUUAAUCUAAUGUACAAAAAAAAAAAACGUAAAAAAAAUAAAUAAAUUGACACAGCUUUCAUAUCAGAGGGCAUCUUUUUUAAUCCAGCCUGCUGACUCUUCCAGGUUUCUAGAUUAUUAUUAUUAUUAUUAUUUUUUUUUUUUUUUCCCAGAAGAGAGUGGCAUUCAGCCUUUUGCAUUAUACAAUAUGGGAAAAUAGAGAGAAAUUGCAGACUGACAAAAAGCGUUGAGGAAGCGGAAACAACUGAACAAUAAGAAGUAUAAAAGCAGGGAUAUGUAGUAUAUGUGCAUAGGAUUUGACUGCCUUACAGUCUGCCACAGGGCCUAAAAUAACAAUGCCAGUACAGAAAAAAAAAAAAAAAAAAAAAUGUAAAUUUUGUAUAUAAAAUGUCUUCUUUUUUUUGUAGUCAGGUGAUGAAUUAAUAAGCGGUGUGUUGGUUAACUCUGUAUGUUAGUCAGAAUCAUUCACAUUACAGAUUUCAUGGUUGAUAUAAUUUAUCUUAACCUCUUGCCUUUAAAAAGACAUUUUCUUUCGAGAUAAAUAUCAAUGAUACACAGUUAAAUGUUUAUGUUACCAGAAAUGUAUAAAAUAGCUUCAUGUAUAUCUAUUCUUAUAUGUAAAAUGUAUUCAAAUCAAGGGUAGGCCUUCAGGCAUGCUGAAGUUGUGGUAAAAUAAACUAAAAACUUAUAUUAUUGAAACUCUUAAUGCUGCAAUCCAGAAACUACAGUGCUAUUUGUGUGGCCGCGUCCGCGGGACGAGAGCUGAAGCAACAUUUCUGUUCAAGACGCCAUCAACGCGACGGAUUCUUCCAAAACGUUCGCCUUUGCUGUGUCGCCGAAAUAGCAGUGGUGCUUUCAACAGUGCUGGAUUGCAGUUUUAAGCUUCUUUUGAAAUAUGCGUUUAUUUAUUUGGCCUGCGUUGCAAUACAGUAUUUUGAAAUGUUAGACUGCACUUCUGUUUUCAACUUUACGGGAACACAUAAUCUCUUUUAAAGACAUAAAUAUUAUAGUAUAUACCCAUGUAUUAUUGAAACUUUCUAUUAGCUGCAGGGGUACGGUGUGCUACCUCUGAAAUCACGCCAUCGUUACACGAAUGCACCAUUCUCUGUUGGAAUUAAGGAUCCUUAUCUGCUUUAUACCACGACCUGAGAGGAUGCUUUCUUCCAUUUGGCUACAAUUGUUUAUUUCAGAGACUAUAUACGAUACUAAAACUUAUUUAUAAAAGUUAUAGAAGUUAUACCUUUGCUUCUAACCUGGAUGGAAAAAAAAUAUGUUUUGGUUUGCUUGUUUAUUGCUAUUUUUAGAUUUUCUGUACACAACUUUUGUCAUCACGGGGCCAUUUCUAAAGUUCGACGUGUUUACUAUUGUAUUUAAGUGCCGUUACCAUUAAAGUCAUACAGAUCUCCUUUUAAUUAUGGGAUGAGAUUGGUUGUGUUCCAGGUAUUAGUCAGACUCUCAGGUGUUAAAAGGAACACAGAGAUAACUUUUAAUAUAUUUUAAAUCCAGAUGCACAUAAAACGGAAUCACAGAUAUUUGUGGAGAGAGAAUUAAAGUUAAAUAUAGUUCAAAGAGCACAUGUGCUGAAGUAACUUCUUUUAUUUUGCCCUUGUCUCUUAUUAUACGUCACAUAAGGGUUUCGAUUCUUGGUCCCAGUGAAAAAAUGUAACAAAUGCCCUGCAUUAGUGAAUGUUGAUGGUGAAUAUUAUAUGAGAUGCUAUUGAAGAAGUGCUUUAUGUUUGCAGCAUUUUACAGUGUACGAAGGGGGGUCAACCGCUGCUUUGCCACAGCCAGAGCAGGAACUAAUAAAUCUUGUAUUUUUUUGAAUGAGGGCGUUUAACAUUAAUCGACACAUUUACGUUUCUAAAGCAGAUGUAUAGCGUUUUGGGAUGAAACUAAAUAUUUUUCUCGGCAGCUAUUAUUCUGCACAAUUGACCUACUGUGUCACAAAUAUAUACAUAUACAUAUAUAUAUAUAAAUAUAUAUAAAUAGUUGGUUGGGGUUUCUGACUUGAAUUAGGCCUACUGGAUGUAACUCCUUAAUUUACUUGACAUUUCUUUUGAAAUAAGCCAUGCCCCAUUGAUAAGCCAUACCCUCCAGUCCCCUGAUGUUGUAUGGUGGAUGUUUAAUGUUGGUAGUUUUAUUUAUAAUGGUAGUUAUUGUAGGUAUGAUUGCGCUUGUAAUUAUUAUUAUUAUCAUUAUUAUUAUUAUUAUUAUUAUUAGUGUAAGUAUACUUGAUUGAUAUGAUUUGGUUUUGUUUUGAACAAAGGGAAUGUAUUCAUUUUUCAGGUGAUUUUUUUCCCGAGUGAUUUAAAUAAAUUAAUAAAUCCCUAA